CAGUGUGGAGCUUCCAGGUUCAUGCGUGCUGAUAGUCUCCAUUAUAGGUAGUUUGCAAUGGCAUGCGGCGCGGGAUCAGUCCAAGCCAUUGCCUACUCAUAUGUUAUUGCGAUCAUUCGCUUGUCCUCUACACCCAAGGUUAUCUAGAGUAUUCUGAUAUACCGGCACGGUACAGGUGUCUUCGUACAUGAGCACGCGACACCAACCCUUUCUCACUACAACACCCCGCGAACGCACCUCACGCAUACCAUCGUCUUUCAGUCGACGACCCGCGUUCCCAACCGAUUCAGCUCGUCGGAAUACCAAUUAUGUUAUUCAGCCUUCCGUCCGCCCUGGUGGUGCUCUGCGCUGUGUGCUGCUCUGGCGCCGCCCUUCCCUCAGAAUCUUUAGAACCCGAAAAAGCGGACAACUCAGACUUCUCAAGCCUACGAGGACUAUCGAAAAAUCAUAAAGAUAUGAGCGGAAGAGCGGGGGAUCCCAAAUCUAAGUACUUCCAUGAGUCUAUCUUCCAUCCCCAUUACGACGGACGCUUCGCAAUGAAGACAUUACCGGAAGAAUACCAGCAUGGUAAUCUCAGUACCAUGAUGCAGUCAUACCUAGCGACUAUGAGCGCGAUUGGUGCAGAAACAUGGAUCAUGCAUGGGUCUUUAUUGGGGUGGUGGUGGAAUCGAAAAAUAAUGCCGUGGGAUUCCGAUGUGGAUGUUCAAGUUUCUGAAAGAAGUAUCAAGCUUCUAGCCAACUACUACAACAUGACGGUGCAUAAAUACAAGGGCGAAGACUGGCCUAGAGCAAAGAAAUACCUCAUGGAGGUCAAUGAGCACUACAGUAACGGCUCAACCUUGGAUAGAAUGAACGCCAUCGACGCAAGAUGGAUCGACACCGAGACUGGUUUGUUCAUUGAUAUUACAACCUUGAGACGAGACCGUGAUGCCGAGAAGAAGGGCGAGACCGGGAAGCUGUAUUCAAAAGACAGACAGAGAUUCGACGCAGAUGACAUUUACCCUCUGCGACAAAGCGAAUUCGAAGGAAAACCAGUAAAGAUCCCAUAUGCGUAUACAAGGUUGCUGGAGCAAGAGUACAGCCCUAAGGCUUUGACAAAACUUAGUCACAGCAAACAUGACUUUGACAGAAAGACAUAUGAAUGGGUCAAACAGACACAGAAACCGUGAGUUCCCCAGAAUACCUACGGUGGUUGACCAGGUCACUGACAUACUUUUCUCAGGCUCUUCAAGCAGUUCAAGUGAUAUGACCAAGCACCUUACAACAGUAUAUGCUCCGGAGUUCGUCGUAUGUUCUGUAGUAAAGAGAUUUGUUAAGGGGUUCUGGCAUCCCGCCUGUAGACAUAUUGGUAGCGUUUCAGUCUUCUAUGCACUUCCAAGAUUAUACCAAGAUGGAAAUAAUCCACACAUAACGAUAAAUUUUAUGUAUGUAUUAGGUACAAAUAUGUUUUGUAGCAGCUACUUUGCUAGAGGCUUGAAGUAACAGCCCAGCAUGGCGCAAUAUGAUCCGACAAAAACCAUGAGGUCAUAGAUACUAGAUCAUAAUAGUUUGGUGUUAUCAGUGUGGAAUGCCAAACUGUCAUCACGGAAGAAUCUGGAUCAACCUUGAAGCCUCUUCGCGCGCGAA